AUGAAGGCCCUGAUCUUCGUCUCCCUUCUCGUGUCCUGUGUUGUCCCAGCACAAUUCCAUCCUCGUCAACCUGCUCAAUACCGGCCAUUACCUCCUCUGCGCAUGCGGGCAUCUAUCCAAAAUAAGUGGACAACUGAAAGGAUUGCGAAGAUACCGAAGUUGCUCAAAAAACACGGUGCUGGUGCUUGGUUGAUCUGUCAACGAGAACACGCCGAAGAUACCAUAUGGUGGUCAAUCAAGAACGCAACGGACUUCGACGCACAUCGCCGGACUGUGUUGCUCUUUCACACCAAUGACUCUUCUCUGGCCAAUACGCCUAAUCCCCUCAAGUGGGUUGACAACAUCGGACAGGUGUGGCCAGAGUUGCGCAGAGUUCUUGGUGAAUACCGUCCGUUCCGUAUCGUUCUUAACACCGACGAAGAUAUCGCCUUUGCUGGUGGCCUUCAUGUUGGAGAAUUGGCAAUCCUUCAAAGAGAACUCGGCAAAUACUGGACGAACAGAUUCGUAAAUGAACCCAUGCUGGCAGUUGAAUUUGUCGCCACAAAACUGCCUAGUCAACUUGAAUACUAUCGAAUAAUGCAAGAAAAUGUUUGGGCUAUGCUUGAAGAAGGUUUUUCUGACAAAGUCAUCGAGCCAGGAGUAACUACGACGGAGGACCUCAGCUGGUGGUUUCGCGAAAAGAUGCAACUCCUUAACGUAUCGACAUGGAACCAGCCUAGAGUCUCCGUCCUAGUCGAAGACUCUUAUCCGGGCUGGGAAGGCACGGAAGAUGUCAUUAAAGAAGGGGACAUCCUUCAUAUAGAUUUCGGGAUAACCGCCAUGGGUUUGAAUACAGACACUCAGCAUAUGGCAUAUGUCCUCAGAACCAGCGGCGCAGAGCCCGAGACGGAUGUUCCUGACAGCCUGAAGGAGGGUUUAAGGAAGGCCAAUCGGCUGCAGGAGAUCGUCCUGGGUAACAUGAGGCCCGGCUUAUCGGGAAACACGGUUCUCCACCAAAGUCUGGUCCAGAUGAUAAGAGAGGGGAUGAAGGGUCAAAUAUAUUCGCAUCCUAUAGGUGAUUGGGGUCAUGACGCCGGAAGUGUAAUUGGUUUUCUUAACCUUCCGGCGUAUGUUCCCGUCCUAGGGGAACUCCCGAUUCUGCCGAAUACCUACUAUAGUAUCGAACUUUACGCUUACCACUUCGUUCCAGAGCGGAACGAAACAAUCAGGUUUCGUCUUGAAGAGAACGUCGCCUGGUCGGAGUUGUCUCAGAAGUGGGAGUACGUCUACGGCAGACAAGAGAUAUUCCACCUUGUCGAUGGCAGAAAGCGAUCUUCGUUGGAACUCAUUGAGCAAACGACCCGGCCAUGA